UUUGACCAGUGAUUUUGGGAUCCCUAUCGUGUCUUAAACUGAGGAUAUGUGUGUUCUGAUGGAAUUUUGGAUAUGAUCUUGCAUGCUCAAUUGAUGGGUUCCUGUUCGAAUGCUUUGAUCGUUUAUGUUUUCUUCGAUUUUGAGUGAUUGUGUUGUCGUGAUCCACUUGUCGUGCGAUUUUCUCGUUUGAAUCGAAAUUUCAUCCGAUUUUUCGUGUGAAUCGAAGCAAAUAGCACACUAAUCUCGAUAAUGCAAUGGCGGGUUUCGCCUAUCGCAUGCGAUGCGAUGGUUUGGUCGGACUGAUGAUUCGGAUUAGGCUCAGGAGAAGUUUUGUAACAAUGGAGUCAAGCAGGGGGCAGAAUGGCAUCCAACUUUUACUCGCUGCAGAACAAGAAGCUCAGCAGAUUGUCAAUGCCGCUCGGAACGCCAAAAUGGGGAGGCUGAAACAGGCAAAGGAUGAAGCUGAGAAGGAGAUUGCCGAAUUCCAUGCCAAUGUGGAAGCUGAGUUCCAGAGAAAAGUGGCGGAGACAAGCGGAGAUUCGGGUGCUAACGUGAAGCGGCUUGAGCAGGAAACAGACUCGAAAAUCGAACAACUUAAGACACAGGCUUCCGAUAUAUCCCAUGAUGUCGUUCAGAUGCUUCUGAAACACGUAACAAUGGUGAGGAACUGAAUUUUUUUAAAAAAAACAUGGCCUUGGUAAGCCGAGCUUUGCUUCCUGCAUAUUCGUUUUCCGAUCUCUAAAUCCGGAUAGGCAUCGUUUGUGUUCAUCGUUCGUUUGUUGCUAAACUUGUUAAUGCCUUACUCAUGUUUCGGUUUGUGAAAGAAAUCAUCCGAUGAUUUAACGCUGAUCGGACCCUGUUGGAUUUUCGAUGAAUUUCUCUCGGAUCA